AGAGACUUGUGAAAUCAAACAAAUUCUAGCAAACUGAACAAUCUUAUUGCAAAAAUUUUUUAUUCUGGUUUUGCUGAAGAUUUGAUUAGUCAAAGUAUUUCUUGCUGUGGAAAACUUAAAAGUUGUUUCAUCUGAAUUUCUAUUAUAAAUCUGAAAAUGAAGCUUACUGUGACAACAUUAACCGAUUUAAUUGUUACUCUUGACGUAAGUCCCGAUAUGGAGUUGGAAAAUUUCAAAGCUCUUUGUGAAUGUGAAGUCGGUUUUCCAUCUCAGCAAAUGGUUAUAACUCACGAAGGACGACCUCUUAUGGAUAAUAAGAAAGAUUUAAGUUCUUUUGGAGUUAAAGAAGGUGAUGUCCUUUUGAUACAACAGAUUUUUCCAAAUUUACCAAAUUCUCAGUCUCAGCUUCCUGAUCUGGGUAUUGAUUUCAGCGCUAUCAAAUUACCUAAUACCCCUGCUCCAUCACCAGCUACUCCUCCAGGAAUACCAACAGCUUCAUUUUCUGCUGCAGGAGCUUCGACUUCUACCCCUCAUGCUGAUACAGCUGAACGUUUAAGGCAAGAUUUAUUGAAUUUCCCGGAUCGUUUAGCAUUAUUGAAACAGAACAACCCAAGUUUAGCAGAAGCUUUCUUGUCUGGCAACAAAGAAAUGUUUGCUGAAGUGUUAAAUAGGCAGCUUGCUGACAAAGCUGAAAGAGAACGGAAGCGAAUUCAAAUGCUUAAUGCUGAUCCAUUCGAUCCUGAAUAUCAGAAAUUGAUUGCUGAAGAAAUCAGGCAGGACAAUGUGGAUUCAAAUAUGGAAGCAGCGAUAGAAUACCAUCCUGAGAGCUUUGGACAAGUAACUAUGCUUUAUAUAAACUGUAAAGUGAAUGGCCAUGCUGUUAGAGCUUUCAUCGAUAGUGGAGCCCAAACUACUAUUAUGAGCCAAGCCUGUGCUGAGAGAUGUGGCAUCAUGCGGUUGGUGGACAAAAGAUGGUCAGGAUAUGCUAAAGGAGUAGGUGUGCAAAAAAUAUUGGGUCGAGUUCAUUUAGGGCAUAUACAAAUUAACGAUGUGUUUUUGCAGUCAUCAUUUUCAAUAUUAGAAGAUCAGGUAAUGGAUAUGCUUUUGGGUCUUGAUAUGUUAAAGCGGCAUCAAUGUUGUAUUGAUUUAAAAAGAAAUGUUCUAGUUAUUGGAACUACUGGUACUGAAACUCCAUUUCUGAGCGAGAGUGAUUUGCCAAGAAGUAUGUCCCAAGUAUGUGAACCUACUGAGUUGGAAAUGAGUCGAUUUGGUCCACGAGGCAAUCCAGAUAAUCCUAAUAAAAAUAAAUGAUCUGAUUUUCAUUGGGAAAUAUCAAAACAUUUUACAGUAUAUUAUCGGAGACACUUUUGUACUAUUUUUUAAAGCUUAUUUGUGUACACAUAUAAUACUGACUAUUAUCAUUCUGUAUUAUCUGUUAUCAUUUUGAAGAUGCCCGUAAGGAAUUACUUUAUGUCAUGUCAUAACACUUAUACUUAUUCACGUAUAAGUGAAUUUUAAGUAUAAAAGAUGUUUUUGUUUUUCUAUUUAAGAAAAUGGUUUUUAAAAUGUUUUGAGAAUUUUGAAUUAUUUUAUUGUACAUUUUUGUAGCAAUGUAUUACCUCAUAUGUUUAUAUAUUAUUAAUUUAUUUAGGGGAAAAGGGCUUUUUUUCAAUGCAGACGUCAAUGUAAAAUAAAAAUUUGUUUAGUUUUUUAAAGAAAAAACUUCAGCACUUUUUAAAUCGAUAAUUGCUGUAUUGUAUACAUUUUAUUAUGGGCGAGAUUUUUUUAGUUUUAUAUUGGGGGUUUCUGCUACAAUUGAUAUAAAUAUUUUUUUACAAUUUUACAACUCAAAGUAUAUUUUGUUAUCGAUGAAGAAAAUGAAAUAAUAAACUUGCCAGCUGUUUACUUCAAUUGAAAUGUAAAAUUUAUUAUAAAUUAUUUCAGCACUUUAUUCAAUGUCCUGUAUAAUUUAAUUAAUGAGGAAAUUCUGAAUAUAAUUUUGCUUUUACAAUUUAAAUCAUUCAAUCUGUUUGCUUUUACUAUUUAAAUCAGUCAACAUGUUCUGUCAUUUCACUUGUAGGUAUAUUGCAAAUUUAGGCAGGAUGAUGAUAGAUUAUUGUGACACUUGUGAAAUUAUUAAACAGUGCUUCACAUGUAAAAUUUUUGUUUUGUUCCUGCCUGUUUAAAUAAAAUAA